CUCCUUUCCUCUUAACUGGGGCCAGGGGACUCUUUGUAACUCGGUUUGCACUUUUGUGCGUGCGUGCGUGUGUGUGUGUGUGUGUGUGUGUGUGUGUGUGUGUGUGUGUGUCCGUCCGUCCUUAUCUAAGAGUUUGAGGAACUGGAGCUUCCUUCUUGCUGCUCCAGGGCGGGGUCCUUUUCUAAGGUGCGGUGCGCCGGGUGUCCUGGGGCUGGCGGAGAGUUUAGGUGGUUUAUAGGUUCCCUCUGGCUCUGCGGAUGGUUAAAGACCUCCAGUUCCUUUCCAGGCAGAGGGAAAUGAGUGAUGGGGAGAGUUAGUCGCCUCCAGGCUGGAGCUCACUAACAUCUAGACAUGUGGAAUCCUAAUGCUGGGCCUAAUCCAUAUCCACCCCAUGCCGUGUGCCCAGGAGGUCCCAAUCCCGCCUGUCCACCGCCUGUCAAUCAUCCUGCCUUUCCUCCUGGCCCCUGUCCUCCAGGAGUUCCCCAGGGAAACCCAGCCUUCCCUCCGUGUCGACCCCCUUAUCCUGUACCUCAACCAGGAUGUCCAGGAUACCCACCCUCAGGUCCCUACCCUCCCCCAUGCCCACCACCUGCUCCUGGCAUGUGCCCUGUGAAUCCUCUGGCUCCUGGCACGGUAUACCCGGGAACAGUGGUAGACAAGAAAAUGCGGAAGAAGAUGAAGAAAGCUCAUAAAAAGAUGCACAAACACCACAAGCAUGGAAAGCAUUCUUCCUCUUCCUCCUCCUCUUCCAGCAGUGACUCUGACUGAACGCAGGGCCCGGACCCUCCUCCCCUCAAGUCUCAUCAGCUCCGCCCUCCGAUCAGGCUCCCGCUGUCACCUGAGGGAGCUUAGCCCUCUGCCCCCAAUCCUGCCUGUGCCUCCCCCGCUCUUCAGCCCUGGCUGUCUGGGGAGAAUGGGAAGAAGAUUGCCAUGGGCUAAGCAAAGGCUGCCCUUCUCCCUGCGGGAUGUGGUCAUAGUUGAUGAGUCAGCAGGGUGAGACUCCUGGGCUCAGUGGUGAAGAUCUGCACCCUGCGAUCUUUUUCAUCUUUUGUAAUGCUGUACUUUUGUCAUGAUGGCGCGUUAGGGGAUACGGUGGGGACUGUGUCCCCGGCAGUAUUCCCUCUCAUUGAUCGCAGUAACAGCUAAGCUGCUGGGAAGUAGGGUCCCCUUACUUGAUGAGCUCUUUAGAGCUCUUAGAUCAAAAUGUUAUCUCAGAUGGCUCUAAGUCCAAAUAAAAGCUACUCUCCCAGCUCA